UUUCAUCAUUUAAAUCACGUGAACGCUAACCCUCAAUCCACAAAGGGGGCGUCUCCUACGGCAACGGUCUGAGCCUGUUAAUAAUUCAGCCUUGUGUCUGCAUGUGUUCUGAGAGUGAUUGUCAGACUUUCUAAUGGCUCAGCUGGUUGAGUGUGUUCCCAACUUCUCGGAGGGAAGAAACAAGGAGGUAAUCGAUGCCAUUGCCGCGGCCAUAUCCGGUACGCCCGGCUGCACGCUGCUGGAUGUCGACGCUGGUGCCUCCACCAACCGCACCGUCUACACAUUUGUGGGCUCUCCUGAGUCAGUAGUGAAGGGAGCACUAAAUGCGGCUCAGUGCGCUUCCAAGGUCAUCGACAUGACCAAACACUCAGGUGAGCACCCUCGAUCCGGCGCUCUGGACGUGUGUCCAUUCAUUCCAGUCCAGAACGUCUCCAUGGACGACUGCGUCAGGUGUGCAGAGGAAUUUGGGCAAAAGCUAGCAGACCUUCUCAACGUGCCUGUUUAUCUGUACGGUGAAGCUGCUCGGCACCAGAGUCGGAGGAGCCUUCCAGCAGUGAGGGCUGGAGAGUAUGAGGCCCUGCCUGACAAGUUAAAACUUAAGGAAUGGGCUCCAGAGUUCGGCCCAGCUACCUUUGUGCCAGCCUGGGGUGCUACUGUGACCGGCGCCAGAAAAUUCCUGAUUGCUUACAAUGUGAACUUGAUCAGUACCAAAGAGCAAGCCCAUCGUAUCGCACUUGACAUCCGAGAGCAGGGUCGAGGCAAGGACCAGCCAGGGGUUUUGAAAAAAGUGCAAGGUCUUGGCUGGUUCCUGGAGGAAGAAAACCUAGCCCAGGUGUCAACCAAUAUACUGGACUACGAGCAGACCCCGCUGCACACUGUGUACGAGGAGGUGUGCAAGGUGGCCCAGGAACUCAAGCUGCCAGUUGUGGGGUCCCAGAUUGUGGGGCUGAUCCCACUGCAAGCGGUAUUGGAUGCAGCCGAGUUUUACAUCAGCAGAGACAAGCUGUUCAUCCUGGAGGAGGAGCACAAAGUGAGACUGGUGAUCAGUAAACUUGGUUUGGACUCCCUUGGACCGUUCAAACCAGCCGAGCGAAUCAUUGAGUACAUGGUGAGGUCGGACGAGGGCAGCUUGGUAUCCCUCACUCUGAAUCAGUUUGUGGCCAGUGUUGGAGCACGAACAGCAGCACCUGGUGGAGGAUCAGUGUCUGCAGCUGUUGGAGCUCUGGGAGCCGCUUUGGGGGCCAUGGUGGGACAGAUGACGUAUGGUCGAAGGCAGUUCCAGGAAAUGGACUCCCUUAUGAGACGGCUCAUCCCACCCUUUCACCAGGCAAGCCUUGAGCUCCUGGAACUGGUCGACCAAGACGCCUCGGCUUUCAACACCUACAUGGCUGCGUUGAAACUUCCAAAGGGUUCAGAAGAAGAAAGAAUACGGAGGGAGGCGGCCCUGCAGGAGGGUUUGCAGAAAGCCGUCGGGGUCCCGCUCUCUUUGGCUGAAAGAAUCAGUGUUCUCUGGCCUUCACUGAAGGAACUUGUCGUUCACGGUAACAUCAACUGCAAGUCCGAUGCCCAGGUUGCAGCGAAGACUCUUGAGGCUGCAGUGUUUGGUGCCUAUUACAACGUCAUCACGAACCUGAAGGACAUCACUGAUGAGAACUUCAAGACCGCAGUGACUAUUUUACACACACACACACACACACACAAACACGUACACACACACGCAUGUUGGUAUCUCUGCCUUGGUGAGGACCUUUCAUUGACAUAAUGCUUUCCCCAACCUCUCACCCUUAACCUAACCAUCCAAAACACAUGGCUAUAUCUUAACCAGAACUCUGAACCCAACUUGCAGCCAUUUGUAAUGACCACAUUAAGCCUUUACCUUGUUGUGUCCAGCAAAAGGGCCCCACAAGGAGGUGUUUUGGGCUUGGACCUCACUAGGAUAGAUAUACUUAACACACACACACACAUACAGCCAUGUUUGUUUUGCUAUUAUUGUGCCAUAAUGCUUUCCCCAGCCUCUCACCUUUAACUUAACCCUCCAAAACACAUGGCUAAACUUAACCAGGACUCUGUACCAAAACUGAGCCCAAUUAUAAUAAACUGCUAUUGCUGAGGUUGUAACCCUCUAAACGUAGUGAGGACAUGCCAGAAUGUCCUCAUAUAACAAAAUGUCCUCACAAGAAGGCUUGUCAAGAACUGGUACUCACAAGUAUGGCAAAACAUGCCCCCCACACACACACAUUCAAAGAAAGGAAUGCUGACUCUAACUCUUUCACAGACUCAAGUGAGGGCGCGACAGCUCCUGAAGGAGGCAGAGUCAAGUGCUGCGGCUGUGCUUGCAACCGCCGAGGGAAGAUGCUGACCAGUCCGUCCAUGUAUUUUCAUUUUCUUGUUGGACCCAA